AUGUAUCGACUCGGAUUCAACUUUCAGUUGCGCCAUUCCCACCACGGCCUUCCAGUCAACCCCUCUGCCCUCGCAACCCCGGCCUCUCUAGCCGCCCCUGCAUUGCCCAUCCACACUCUCACCAGCGCCAGAAGCUUGAGGCAGAGCCGCCCUCUUAUAUCCGUCGGUCCCUAUCAGGCCUACCCCGCAGACAUCAAGGUGGUCAUCAAGCCAUCCCCUCCAUCCCCUCCAUCCAAAGCCGCCUCAAACCGUCCGGCACCCACCACUGCCAGCGCGGCUGCCAGGCUCGUGGGCAUGGUGACUCGCAUCGCCCGUGCAGCGGUGGGAGGGGGCAAGGUGCAGGUGAUGCCUGUGGCGGGCACGGUGCAGGUGGCAUCUGGACGGGUGGGCCUGCUGGGACUGGCUGAUGCUCGGGCGUGUGUGCCCAUGUGGCAUGGCAUGGACGUCAGACUCACAGGGUCUAUGUGGUAUUCCAUGCCAUGGUGCAUCGGGACCUUUUCUCAUUGGUUUGCCAGCUCUUCCAUUGCUACUUCACUGGGAUCCUUCCACAUUGCGGUUGACAAGAUUGAAGCCAUUUUCUCUCUCUGCUGA